UUCGCUAAUCGUUUUUUGUAUGAGCGCUAUUUUUACCUUCAUUACCAAGUUAUUUGUCUGAUCAUGUUUAAGUAGCCUAUGUAAGCACCUAAAAUAAACCAGAAGCCUCCACUGUGGGGGCGUUCAGGUUCCGCCCUCAUUCUUGGAGCCUUGCGUCAUCCUAACUGUUUUUUAUGAAUGAAAGAAUCUGGAGACGGUGAGUAAUUCCGGGAAAAGGCGGACCGAGAAGUAACGUUAGUUGCUUAUAUUUGAUGAGAGGAACCGUGUCGUUUGUAUGUGUAGGUCGUUUUCAACUAUAAGGAGCGUGUGACGAACAGGAUCACAUCACAAGAAAGAAAGUGUACCCACACAAGACCUAGAGAUGACAUCGGAUAGCAGAGCCAGCAAAGCACUGAAGUUACCAUAAACCGGAUGCCAAGAUAGCUGCCCUAUUAACCACACAACCCAUACUGAUAAGCAACAGAAACAGGUCAAGAGGGAGUGUGGCGAGAACAUGCCAGUGAUGUCGGACAGUGACCUGAUGUCUCUGUCGGUGCGCGAGCUCAACCUGCUCCUGCGCGGGCUCUCACGCGAGGAGGUACAGAAGCUGAAGCAGCGGCGGCGCACGCUCAAGAACCGCGGCUACGCCGCCAGCUGCCGCGUGAAGCGCGUGUCGCAGCGCGAGGCCCUGGAGCAGCAGAAGAAGGAGCUGCAGCGCGAGGUGGAGCGCCUGGGCGCCGAGAACGCCGGCAUGCGCCGCGAGCUGGAGGGCCUGGGCGCGCGGCUGGCCGCCCUGCAGCGUUUCGCCCGCGGCCUCGAGAGCGAGGGGGCGGGCGGCGGGGCACUGCUCGCCACGGCGCCGCGCCUCAACACCGCCUCCGUCAUCACCAUCGUCAAGAGUCCGCAGCAGCCACAGACGGCAGCCAGGGAACAGGGGGGAGGCUCGUAGGGUCAGGUCCCUCUCUCUCCUUCCCACACACACAUGAACACACACACACAGAGACACAGUCACUCUUCUUUUACUCACUUUUAUGCACUCACACCAAUGGGACUGAAACGCUAUGACUGACUGACUUGGGGAAAGGCAGCGUGACGCCAAUAGUCAGUGACACAAGUAUUUUCUUUUUCUUUUUUUUUUCUUUUCUUUUUUCCUGAGAGCCUCUUUCACACGCACAGACUUGUAGUUGCAGGGAUACAGAGACCCACAGGACAAUAGAAACAAUCAACUACUGUGAUAGGAACUCAUUUGUUAAAGUUGCUCAGUACAGUAGACUAUUGUCCCAGACACAUCUAUGUCCAACCUAGAUGUAUCCCAACGUGAUCAUCACUCUUGAGGGGCUUGAUUGUGCUCUGUAAGGAUUUCACUAAAAGAUGCUUCCAUGAAAAUUGUUUGCCAUUGAGAGUGUGUAUGAAAUCAGAGCUUGUUUGAACUUGACUAUUGAAACAUUCCAUGUACAGGGCUUACCUUUUAAUAUGACAUUUGGAAACAAUCCGGUUACAAACAGCCUCAAAAAUAGCAUGUUUUAAAAACGGCACCAUUUGACCAACCACAGCAAGUGAGUUGAAAACCAUCCUACAAAAUGUAAGCCUUUGUGCCAUGUUUCCAAAUGUCAGAUGGAAUGAUGGCAGCAAAAUUGCCUAAGCCAUGCAUGAUGCGGAGACAGUUUCAACUAGUGCUAAUAACUACUUCAUAACUCAUUCAUAAACAUAGGACUACAAGGUCUGUUUGAAUUAAGAUUUUAUUUAAUUCCCUAGACAGUCAGCCUGUAAUCUUUGAUAUUGCAAUGAUGAGCAAAGUGUCUGUGGAUAUGUUCUGCAUAGUCCUUGCCGCUUCCACCACAACACAAAACUCUGGUCCACAAACUGUUGGUAAACAUCUGUUGUGCUUCACUGUGUUACCAGUAUAUACGUUUAUAUAUCUCUAUUUGUGUGUGUGUAUUUAUAGGCAUAACACGAAUACAUGUUUAUUGUGAAGUGUACUGCAGUGUGCGCUAGCAUCAAGUACAAGCUAGGCUAAUGUCUGUGACUUUCAACUAAGUGCUAGUUGGUGAGUUUUGCUGGAACCACAUAGUAAGGGUCCCAUAGAAUGCGGUGUCAAAGCAAGUCUAUGGAAACAUUCCUUUUUAUUAUCAUGUUGUAAUGUUUGUACAAAAAGAAAAGACAAAAAUGUUCGGUGACAUUUAUCAAGAGUUAUUUUAUUUGUAUUUAAAAAUAGAGAUGACAAAGCUAACGAGUGCUGUGAUGUUUAAGUCCAAAUACUGAAGUAUGCGCCUGUCUUACAUUGGGGUAUGAUUAUUUUUGUAAUGUUAAACUAUUGUAAUAAGCAGUUUUGAUGUCCCUAGGCAGGUGUUCCAGUUGCUUUAAUUAUGGUUUUGUGUAUGCCUAGAUAGUUAUAUUUGUACUAAUGUCAUUAGUGGCUUGAUUUUAGUGGUAUUUGUAUUUAAAGAUCAGGGUGAAUACAUUAUUUAUGAUUUUGAAAGUGAUUUAAAGAUAUUUCCAGACCGAGUGGGAGGGGAGUGCUUCAAACCCUCAAAAAGAAAGCGAGAGAAAGAAGAGUGUGACGAGGAAAGAAGAGAAAGUGUCGGAGUAAGGAAGGAUAAUGCCUGAACGAGUAGAUGGAGAAGGAAUGUUGUGAAAGGUUUGAGGAAGGGAUUCUUUUGAAAGUUUCGAACAUGUUUAGUGAUGUUUGGGAGGAUAAAAAAGAGGAAAAGGAUUGUGGUGUGCGUCACAGCUAACUGAAGAAAUGUCAAGACGGCCCCCC